AUGACGUCCGCAUGUGACAGUUUGACAGCUGUGAUGGAUACGGCCUUGACAUGUCGAUCAGAAGGAGGGCCUACGGAAGAGGAGUUAAAAGAGAUGUAUAUGACAUGCUUGAAAAAGCAGGAAGGAGAGAACUCCAACGAAACUACAUACCCAGAUGAACAAGACUGGAAAGAUUCCCGUCGACGUUUCAACCCGAGACAUCACGGAAGUAGAGAUGAAGAGAGAGAAGAGAGAACGAGGAACAGAGGUGAUAGGGAGGAUAAAGAAGAAAGAGAAGACAGAAUGAGGAACAGAGGUGAUAGGGAAGAUAAGGAAGAAAGAGAAGACAGAACGAGGAACAGAGGUGAUAGAACUAGAGGUAGAGAUAAUACUAUGGACAGAACAGAUAAUGAUCGCCAAAAGGGAAACAGGAAUGAUAGGAAUAAUAGAGAUAAAAACAGAAUGGAUGGCAGAGAUGAGAGAAACGGCAAAGAUAACGGUUAUGAGAAUAAGCAUCGUGUAAUUGGACGAAAUGAAGAUUUUGGUGAUGAUCCGUUUGAUGAUUUUUAUAAUAGCUUUCCGAAGAAUUAUGAAUUUGAUAUUUCACGGUACAACGUACUUCAUUCCACUACACAAUCGUCAAGGAGAUUUAAGAGGAGUAAGAGAACGCAGAUGAAUUCAGGCCAAAGAAGCCAGUACAAUCCAAACACGAAGAAGCCAUCGGAGUAUGAUGAUAACACUUCUAAUGAAGACGACAAAAAUUCAAGCUCUAAUACAGACGUGGAUAAUCAAGCUUGUGCAUUGCACUGUUUCUUAGAAUCACUAGAAAUGACAGAUGACGAAGGCAUGCCAGAUAAAUAUUUAGUGACUCAAGUGAUCACUAAAGACGUUCAAAAUGAAGAUUUGAUGGAUUUCUUACAAGAAGCGAUCGAAGAAUGCUUUCAAUUACUUGAAAAUGAGAAACCCGAAGACAAAUGCGAAUAUUCCAAAAUGUUGAUGACGUGUUUAUCAGAAAAAGGAAAAGCCAAUUGCGACGACUGGAAAGAGGAUAUGAAAUUUUAAGCUACGGAUUGUGAUUGUAUUAAGCUUUAUAAAUAUAACUGAUUUUAAGAAAUGGCGCAGUGGUUUUUAAUUCUGUAACGUUACAAGAACUUAUGCAACUCAAAAAGAAUGCUAUCGUGUGUGUCCCAAAUCUAAAGCAAAAUUAGUAUUUUUUUUAUUUUAUCUACUACUGAAAACUUAUGUAGGAAGGACAUAUUUCAAUUACGCAACAAGAAGUAUACCUAGUCCAGCCAUAAGUUCUGUUAUAAAUGAAAAUGCAUUUUUUCAAGAAGUAAUGUAAUAUUAUUAAAAUUUAUGCCUACAUUUUUAUUAAAGUCUCAGCAAAAAAUAAAAAAUAACUAUUCGAAAUAGCCACCUUUGGCUUUCAUACAGGCCUUUAUUCUGUUUGGCCACGAAUGUAUGGAUUUACGCACUGUUUCCAUGGGAAAUUUUGCCACUGCUUGCUCCAAAGAUUUUUUAAGAGACUCAAUGUCACCGUGUCGUUUAGAGCAGGCCAUGUCCUCUAAUACUGACCAUAAUUUAAAGUCUAAAAGAUUGAGGUCCGGGCUAGAUCGGGGUGUCUGAAGACUGCUCUUAUAAAGUCCGGAAUGUUGGUUUCAAGCCUGGCUUGGGUAGUUCGUGCCUUGUGACCACGUGCAGAAUCCUGCUGGAAAGUCCAGGGUAUAUUUUUAAAAAGUGUAUUGCUGUGAGGUUCCACAACAUGAUCCAAGACUGUAUCUUAACACACUUUGGCUGAAGUUUUCCCUUUUUUCUCAAAAAUGUAGUUUUGUGACUCCUUGAUAAGACACGCCCCACCAAACCAUCACUGACGCAGGAUAAUGACCACGUUGUAGAUUUCCGACCACUUGAGCAGCUUCUUUAGAACUGUGAGCGUACACUUUAUCAUUUUGCUGAUUGUUG